AAAUAGUUCAAUUUUAAAUUUUAUUCUAAGCUUACAUAUACAAAAAAAAAAUAAAAAAUAAAAAAUAGGAAACAUUAACUUGUAAUGGUCAUAGCAUAUCAUAGAAUGGAAGCGCUUGGUAACGAAACCACAACUUUCCAAGUUAUAGCCGACAGGCAAACAAGGUCUGUUUGAAUGAAGCUUAUGUAAUAUCAUUUCUUUUAUUGAUAUAAUUAAUUUUUAAUGUAUUUCCUUCAUGGGAUUCCCCAAAAAUUAACAAUAGAUUCGCAUGCAAUUGAGGUUCGACGCAUUCCUAAUGUUCCUUUCUUUGCCGUACUAUCUGAAACCGAAAUCCUAAUUUAUCAACUUCAUCCUUUAGCAUUAAUUUCAAAAAUCAACAAAUCUGAGGACCUCUAUCUUCGUCAUGGAAAAAAUAAAAAGAUCGCUAUUAGUUCAGAGUAUGGAAUCAUUGCAGUAGCAACUGAAAAUAACUUCAUCACUGUUUUUAAUUUCCAUUUGGAUGCUUCCAAACCUGUACUAGUCCCUGACCCAUAUACUGAACGCUAUGAUGAUGGUCCUGGUGAAAUAAUGGGUCCCAUUACUUGUUCAAUUCAGUACAAGUUGGCUAUUCGUUAUGAAGGAGGCGUUAAUUCUCUUGAAGUUCAUGGUGAUUCCAUUGUUUAUUCUGCUUCAACGGCGCCAAUCAUUCAACUUUCUACUCUAGAAACUACGGAUCCGAAACGUUUGUGGAAAGUCUCUACCAAGCAAUAUGAUUUACGGGAAGUAACGUGGUUUUUAGAUCGUAAUUCUUUGAUAAAGAAGUUGCACUUUAAUAGGCGGAUUGACACUUUCUUUUGGAUGUCUUCAGAUGGGCGUGUAUACGCCAAUAUUGGCGUUUCUGCUAAUACUAAUACUAAAAGUCUAUAUGGUAUAUGUAUUCAUGAUUUGAAAGAAGACCAUGACGAUAUCAAGAAAGCGGCUACUGCUUUAUCGACUAACGCUCGAUUUUCUUUGCUAUAUGUGGGAACAUGUGAUGGUACUCUUUACGCUUACGAAAUACAAGACUUUGGAAGGAAAUAUGUCUGCAGCCAUCAAAGAAAACCUCCUUCCAAUCUUGGGUCUGUAACUCACAUCUCAGCUACUGGUGAUGGCUUUCAGGUAAUGGUAGGUUACGAUACGGCUUGGAUAAGCUACUCACCUUACUUACACCCAUGCUCAUCUAGUGAUGAUUCUGAAUUUUUUAAAUACGGUUUUAAUGAUGGCUUUUGGGAAAGAGACGGUUCUGCAUUUUUCGGCUUAAAAAAUCUUCCGAUGAAACAACAGAAAACGAUCUCGGUCGAAACAAAGAAAAGUCUUCACUCUAUGUUAGAUACUGAUUAUUCUUCUGCAAUGGAAUCACCCAAAGAACGUUCAUGUGUAUAUAUACUUCCUUUCCUGAAAAGCACUAUUACCAAUAGUGCAUAUGGUACAACCAAUAUAACUGGUGUACAAUCUACUGAUAGACUAUUCAUUUCAAAAGCAUAUUCUAACUCUAAUAACUUGGAAGCAAAUUUUGGGAAUUCUUCUUGGCUCCAAGUAGAAUAUCCUCAAACUUAUAUUUCUGCUGAAUGGCCUAUCCGAUACACUGCCAUUAGCAAAGAUGGUGAAUAUAUCGCUAUAGCCGGGUCUCACGGAUUCGCAGUUUAUAAUUUUCAAAAUAGAAUUUGGAAUGUUUUCGAUAAUGGAUCUUUGGAGCAAGCUAUAACUAUCUCCUGCCCAAUGUUAUGGCACGAUAGGUAUCUUGUAACAGGACUUUUAUACGAAUCAAGCUCUGAACUCCACGUGUAUAAUGUAGAGAAGAAGUUAGACGAUGCCAUUGUUGAUAAGUUUGUUUUUGCGUCUACCAUUGUCACGAUAUCUAUAUGCGGCGACUCACAUUUACUUGUUUACACGGCUGAUAAUUUUUUGCAUCAUAUAUACAUGGAACAUAUUGAGGAUUCUAACCCAUCUUUAUUUUUGAGCCACGUGAACAGUGUGAGUUUUGUACAGGUCUUCACAACCCCGUCUAGAGUACGUACUAUUACUUUACUUACAUUACGACCGAUGUCACAUUCGGAUCCAUCCCAAUUACUUUCUAAUGCAAUUUUGCUUGUUUUAAUUAACGGCAAGCUUAUUACCUUGGACCCUGUAAAAACUGAUUCAUCCUAUCUGAGCUACCGAUGCUGCAUAAUAUCUGAAGAUGUUGAAUUUUUUAUGAUUAAUCAGGAUUUGGAAAGUCCAGCUCUAUAUCAUUCAAUGUGGAUUAUGACUGGAAAAGGGUUCAGGUUGUCAAUGGCUUUUGGUGAAGCACUGUCAAAAAUAUUGUAUGAUGAUACUAACACCCAGAAAAGUGAUGUUCCUCUGGGGGAUUCAAGAGAAAUAGAUAAUUUUAAGCUAUAUAAUCCAAGACAACUUGGCAUUAUGGAUGACUUACGAUCUCCAAGUUUUAUCGUAAAGACUCCGGAUAGCUUUUUGACGACAAACACUUACAUCGCGAAGCUGGCAAAAUCUAUUAAUAUGCUAGACUUGUUUCAGAAGCACAGUAUAUCCCUAAAUAAUCCUGGAACACUCUUAUCUGUUAUUGUAAAGGGUGGACUGUUUAUCAGUGCUUCAACCUUAGAACACAAGAACGCUGCCAAUAGUAUGGAGUAUUCUCAUAUCCAAAUUGAAGUCUUUCCUUUUCUUCCCGACUUACUAAAAUCUCUUCUCUUAUUAAAUGAUAUCGAUUAUGCUGUUUUCCUAGUGCGUGCGUAUGCUUCAUUACGUUACAUCGAUUUUGUGCUGGAAAGACUCCUUUCAAUGGCUGUAGAGUGUUCUGAUUCUGAUCAAGCAUUGUUAACGAAUGUCGUUAUCUUGUUUAGUAAGAUUAAAGACUUGAACGUUUACAAGUACGUUCUAGGAUGCCUUAGAAAAGUAGAAACCCAUUAUUGGCCGAACAUUUUCAACCACUUUGGUGACCCGCAAUAUUUGAUGAAUCAAUGUUUAGGAAACGACGAUAUAAAAAGUGCUGCUAGAUGUAUUAUCAUUUGGCAAGUACAUCAUGGAUCUGCUAGUUGUGCUGAUGUUUUCCUUGAAGUUUUGAAAUUGAGUUUUGUAAAAGAAAAUUGGGAGGUGUGCAUGGAGUUGUGCCAUUACCUUGCCAGUCUUGAUCCUACAAAACAACUACUUAUAUCUGCCUUAAGAAGUGCUAAGAUUCCAUGUGAGCAACCACGAAUGGAUAAAACGAAUAAAAAAUUUCAUGAAUUGAUGAUAGAUAUUGAUGACUCUUAAUAUUGUUGAUAAGGUUUUGCCCUUUACGGAAGUAGGGUUUAGACAUUUAAGAAGCUAAAGUAAUGUUUAUAAAUCUGUUAAAUAAUUUUUUUUUUAUUUUUCUUGUCCAAAAUCAAAAUCGUGCAAAGAAAUUUAU